ACGGGACGCGAGGUCCCAUGCGAGGCACUCCCCUAUAUUAAAAAGUAAUAAAUUAAUAAAAAGGGCAGUUUUGUAAAAAAAGGAAAAUACAAUAGUUAGCGAUGGCAGGGGCAGGUUCUGAUCAAGGUCCAAGUACAGGUGUAACCUGUAUCAAAAAAGAGGUCCGAAGUAAGUACAUAAGAUGGGACAUAAUAAAAUUCUUGAAGGCUUCUGGAGUGGAGAAAUUUGAAGGCGGUGAUAUUUUACAUAUGUAGUUCCAGAGCUUUACAAUUCUGUUAAAGUUAACUUGUCAGGGGGCAGAAUGCAUGGAAAAAAUUGUCUAUGAGUCAGACACCGGGGUCGAAAUAUUGAGAGUCAAGCAGCGGGGUGAAGAAAAUAUGUCGUUCAGGAGUAAACCUUUGAACUUGCGUGUUUCUCGCUUACAACUGAGUAUUGAUUCAAGAUAUGGCGAGGGAAACACAGCGCCAGGCCUACAAAAUUGUAGCUCUUAACUAGCCCACGUGCAGCCCCAACCUUUUCUGGUGGAGAAACUAAGAGAGGGUGCAGCUACACGAAAGCUAGCUCUUAUUAAACAUCUAUUUGUACUAUUUCUACUAUCAGAGAUUAGCUUACUCUAUCCUCUUACAAUAUCACUAUUGAAUGAAAUAUUGAUACUAUUUCUACUAUCAGAGAUUAGCAGUUUCUAUCCUCUCACAAUAUCACUAUUGAAUCAAAUAUUAAGGUCACGAGAAUAAGUAAAUUGAUCGCUCAUCCAAGAAUCUCUUGAUUGUUUCAUAAAUUCUCCACGUCAGAACCUUAGGAGAUAUUUAGAGAACGGUAUGGAAAAUUUGCAAACCAAUUUUACGGCCCUUAAGAGGUUAAUAUCUUCUUGUUUUUUACUUCCUUAGAAACUGCUAAAUAUCUCAACAAAAAUCCGGAUAUUGGUUUGAAAGCCCAUGGUGACCUCACAUUGAAAACGUGACUCGACCCUGUGUUGCAAACCGUCAGUGAAGGUUACAAUGACGUCAUCAGUGUGGAUGUUUACAUCUGUUAUUUUGCAACAACUCUUUGAUCGCACGUCUCUGAAACUCAAAUCACUGGCACCUUCUCACCAAAAUCCCUCAGAGAAACUCUACGUGAUAAUCCAGGUUGCAGCAAGGCAGACAGCGUCUUAAAGAUCAUCAGGCAAAUUUCGUGACGAUGAAUCAUCACGUUGUAUUUCUGACGUGCGCUGUAUUUUCUUCAUUCUUCACGGUAUCCUUAGGGACCACAAACAGUUCCUGGGAACAUCACAUUCGGGAAGAUCUACUCGAGAAUUAUGACCGCAAAGUCCGUCCCGUUUUGAGAGGUAAAAGAGUGGUGGAGGUGUCGUUCGCCUUGAGAGUCAGCAGAUUAGUUAAAGUGGAAUGGAAAAACGAAUUUCUUACGUGGAAUUCGAGUGAUUAUGGAGAUGUGGAUCGGGUGCACUUCGCUCCCGAUGAAAUCUGGGUUCCGGAUAUAGCCUUGUUCAACAAUGGCGAUGAUGAAAUCAACUUGGCCGGCGGAAUUAGUAAGUUCGUCACUGAUGUUGGUGUGGACAGCAAAGGGAGAUGUGUUUGGAGCGGACCAGCUACUUUUAAAGUGAACUGUGAGAUGGAGAUUGAUGACUGGCCGUUUGACCAACAAAUGUGUCAACUGGCUUUUGGUUCGUACACGUAUGGAAAGAACUUGUUGAAGAUAAGGCUGUUCAAAGACAAUAAACAGUUUUCAACUCGCUUUGUAAGGAACGGAGACUGGGACAUAACAAAUAUCACACCAAGCUUAAACGAAACUGAUCACGGUAACUGUUGUCCAUUAAACUUCAGCGAAGUGGUGUACACUUUGAAGAUGGAACGCAAAUAUCUCUACUACAUGUUCUACGUGUUCAUUCCCUCAGUAUUACUCACGAUCCUUGCGCUCAGCAGCUUCCUGAUCCACGUCGAGAGCGGCGAACGCAUCGGCUUCGUGACAACUAUUCUGUUGGCCAUGACUGUGUUUCUGCUCGUCAUCCCUUCUUUCCUUCCGGUGACUUCGGAUGGCCUCCCAGUCCUGGGAGUAAACCUCCAAGCCACCAUGAUCUUAAUAGCUGUGAUCCUUUUCGCAAACAUCUUUGUCCUGAGAGUUUACUUCAAGGAAGGAACGCCGCCUUUAUGGGUCGAAAAAUUCUGCAACUUUCUCAGCUUUAAAAAGAGUCCAGGAGCCACCUCACGACCAAGUAGUGUUUAUCCAUCAGCCGCGAGGUCCUUAGCAACGGUGGCUGGUGUCGAGUUGAAUGACUUCAGCAGAGGAAGCUCGCCAUUGGUUAAAGCGUCAAUAGUCCCAGAAUUCACAUGGCGGCGGGUGUCAAUGAAAUUGGAUCACGUGUUUUUUGUAGUCUUCAUUAUUAUUUCGUCAAUUACGUACGCUGUAACAUUCACAACUUAAAGAGUCAUUAUCCUCGCGUUUUAUUUAACAAAGAGAUUUUGCUUAACCGUGUGUCUGGGCUGAAAGGGAUUCACACGAUUUUUGGGCUGUAGAGUACAGAUGGGGGCUUAUUGAAAAUUGACCGCCCAUAAACAGCCAAAGGGGGGGGGGGGGUAAAUCAUAAGAGUCUUAUGGGAGGAUGAGAUAGUUUUAUCGUGACACAAUCAAAAUCCUUCGUUCUCCAAGGGCGGUAAAUAAUGACCAUUCCGUUAAUUCGAGGAUGACAUAAAAAUGUCAUGAGAGCAGAAAAGUGGCACACGACCACUCGCAGAAAUGUAGAAUGUAUAAAAUAAACUGAUAGAUUUUUUAGGCAACUACCAAUAAAAACCCGCGUAGUAUGCAGUUUCGUCUCAAACCUGUGGUAGAGUAUGGACAAAGACCAAUCACAAAUCGCGUUAUUUUUAGUCAGGGUUAUAACUUUGAUAAAUCAUCUGCAACGACCAAAUUACGAAUCGCAUAAUAUUUAGUUCAUUCUAAAAACCUUCCCAAGUCUUCUGCUUAUUUUUCUAUAAGAUGAUAUGCAGACGACACAUCUUUAACAGCUUCUGGAAAUGAUCUUGUCAAUUUAUUGUGUGAAAUUAACAAUCAUUUGCUAGCUGUCUACGAAUGGUUAUACAGUAAUAGGUUGACCAUAAAUUUGACAAAACUAAGUAUCUUAUCUUUAUGCCCCGUCAAGAGGAAAAUUACAAUUGUACCCACCAUUAAGUGUAGCGAAUGUUCAUUUAGAGAAGUCUUCUUGUGUCAAAUGCCUUGGUGUGUAUAUCGAUCGUUAUCUUAUUUGGCGUGAUCAUAUUGACUGCAUAUGUGGCAAAAUUAGAUAAAUAUUUAAAUAUAAUGGUUAAGUUAAAACUUCAUGUCUCAGAAGCAACAAUUAUUAGUUUGUCUUAUUCUCUUAUAUAUCCUUACCUUACUUAUGCUUGUACACUAUGGGGAAAUAAUUAUAAUACUCCAAUGUCUCAAAUCAUAAAAUUACAAGACAAAGCAGUUCGUAUUAUAAAUGAUGUUUCUUUAAUGGAAUCAAUCACUCCACACUACUUAUCUCUAAGCUUUUAGAAAUUUCCUGAUAUUUUUUAACUGAACACGUGUAUGCUUUUUCAUGAUUAUUUACACAAUGAAAAGUUUCCUAAUA